GCAACAACAUGGAAUUUUUCUUCUCUUCUGGUAUAAUUUCUCUCACACUUGAAUGCCUUCUGUCUUGUCCCAGUGGCAUUUAACUACUUAACUAGAUCAGAAUUUUAACGGCCUUUUAGUACUGACAGUGGUCUGCUCUGUCUGCUACUCUGAGCUGGUGGAAAAUAAGAUGAAAGGGACUUUGGGAAACCUCUGUAAAUGCAGCAGAUCAGGACACCAGUUUGCACUUCAGUAGCACUGCAAUUAGGGAAUAUGAAGACAGGGGAUGCAGAUCAGGGCAACAACAAAAGAGUGGGAAACAAGCCUCUUCGCAGAAGAUGCCAUUUACCAAUGGACUUCUGGAAGAAAUUCUCUUACAUCUACUUUUUUGUGUGGUCAAAGAAGCUCUGAACAGGAAAUGUAUAGCAAUGCCUACAGUGAAGAAACAGGGUGAUUUCGCAACUCUGCAUAAAAUUUUCAAAUCUGCUGAUAAUGUCUGAUCGAUGGGAAAGUAUAUGUGAAACUGACACACUCAUUUUGUAAAGGGACUUAGGACAAAAAGAUUGCAACAGGAAAAAAAUGAUAAACAAAUGAGAUUUCUAUUUUGGUUGAAGUGUUGGAAAAGGAAAUGGUGUGACAAUCAUAAGGUUUGGUUUUAAGGGAGAUCUGUGUAUUCUUCCAGAGUUAUCCAGAAAUAGCAGGAUUUAUAAAACUUACGGUAAUUUCAGAGUGGUGGAGUACAAAAGGAUUGAUUUCGCUGUUGAAGCCUUCAUUACCUUGACCACUGGUCAAUAAACUUCUUGAGCUGGUGUAUGUGCUGAUGUAGGCUUUACUCCUCUCUUUCUUAUAGGUGAUCCUUUAUGCAAAUAUCUAAAUCAUGUGGCGAUAGAAUGUAAUAACGUUCCUUGCAUUAAUUGUAAGCACCCAUGUUCUAAGGACUUGUUUCCUGUAACUAUUCAUCUGAAACCCACCCCCCCCCCGAGAUGUAGAUUUAACACCCACUUAUUCAGUAUAAACGUACAUGCACUGCAGUUCAGGUGGAAAAUGCUCCCCAAAAUCAAAGGGCAAGUUAUAUACACUCAUUAUAGAUAUGUUCUACACCUAAUAAAGUAGCCACUGAGUGUAUGUCUGAAGUCUUUUGCUGCUGUAGCCCAUCUACAUUAAGAUUCUACACUUUGUGUGUUCAGACAUGCUCUUCUGCACAUUCUGCACACCACUGUUGUAAUGCCUGGUUAUUGUGCUGCUGUCACUUUCCUGUCAGCUUCAAGCAGCCUGGCCCUUCUCCUCUGACUACUCUCAUUAACAAAGCAUUUUUUCCCAUGGAACUGCGGCAUGAUAGAUGUUUGUUUCAUGAAACCCCCUUUCUUCCCUGGCGUCUCAGGAAGGGCUUGUUAGCCUUCCCUGGCAGUUUCCCAACUCAGCACUGAGAAAUCCACCAUUCUCCAGCCAUGUACAUCUAGGGUAUACAUGCUCAGGUCCUGCCGAAUUUGUGAGAUUGAGAUGUCUUGCCCAUCCAAGCCCUGGUUUGUGCGAAUUCUGUGUGAUUUGCUGCCCUGUUAUAGCUUGUUGCAGGAAGUAUCAGAUCGUACACAGCAUACACUUAAAAGACAUAUAUUCAUGAACAUUAACUAAAGAGUCAGUAAAGAAAAAAAAAACAAAAAGGGCCUACCAUAAUUAAACAAUUAAAAGUGCACAGGAUGGAGCUCAACUCUUCCAAAAAUUAUAUUCACCAAUUCCCAGAAGACUCUUAAACCUAGGCUCCAUCGAAUCAUGCUCUCCAGCAUAUCAAAUCCGACAUCCGCUUUUCUCCAGUGCCUCCAGAGACUCCCACCGAUAUCAGGCACAAAAGACCUGCACCCCCAGGCUUCUCUCCUGAUUGGAUGGUUCACAUUCCUAAGCACCCCUUAUCUCUAACAACCCAAACACUGUUGACAGUGAAACCUUUACCAGGUUAGUUUGUUACAUUUGUUUUUGCACCAUUCUCUGAAAACUCUGGAGACUGUUGUACAUGAAAAUCCCAGUAGACCAGCAUUUUCUGAGAUACUCAAAUCAACCGAUGUGGCACCAACAAUCAUUCUAUGUUUUGUCAUAUUUCUUCCCCAUUCUGAUGUCUGGCCUGAACAACAACUGAACCUCGACCAUAUCUGCAUGAUUUUAUGCAUUCAGUUGUGCAAAAAUGAUUAGCUGAUAAGAUAUUUGCAUGAAUGAGCAGGUACAUUGUAGGUGUACAGCAAAAAGUGGCCACUAAGUGUAAAUUUUUGCUAAAAUGUGAAUGUAUGACAGAUGGUUGACAGUCCAUCAAACUUGAUGUGAUAUAUUUUGGUGCAUCUAUGUGAAUAGAUAAUUAAUCAGCCACCUCCCACAGUUCUAUGUAAGUAUGAGACAGUGUACAUUUGUAUUUGCAUGAUGUCAGGCACCAUAUCUGUAAAAUGUCAAUUGUGGUACUAAUAUCUGGACCAUUCAUCUAUUGUUUCAAUGGCUGUUCUCAGCCAUCUGGUAUAUUUCUUUUUAGAAUUCAUAUAUUGUUAUAAUUAGGAUUCUACAACUAAUGAUGUAUUUCUCCCUAUUGAGUAAAAUAUACACAAAUUGUCUGUUACAGUAAUGAUGCCUAAAUGAACAAGAUUACACUGUAACCUUUGAAACAAAGUGAUAUAAUAGGUUUUAAAAAUUGUAAAGAAAAGUCACAAAUAUCACCAUUUCAACAGAAAUUAUGUUAUUCAUUUUUGCUUUCUUUUCUUCUGUUAUGCAUAGGUAUGUAUAUUUUCUCAUGGCUGUGACAGUGACCUCAUUUUGUUAUUUUGAUUUGACAAUUGUAUGUUUUAUACAAGUUUAUGAGAUACCCAUUUUGGUGUUUUUCUUCAAAGUUCCCAAUUGCCACAUUUUUUGCUGUGUAUUUUGGAAUGCUUUCUUUAAAUGAUACUUUCUGAAGAAAAAUAAAUGUACAGUACACUGUUUCGAAAGUAACUUGUAAUACAAAGGUGGAUAACAAGGUCACAGAUGGUGAGAAGAAAUCGUGAAAAUGAUUGCAUUAAUUUUAUUUCUAAAGAGGAGAUAUGUUUAUAUAUUAAUGUAUUUAUACAUUUCAGCAUUAUGAACUAUCUGUACAUAAGUUAUUGUUAGAGACAUAUUGAUAACUGUGCAGCAUGUGUGACAAAUUGAAGGAUAAGACACUAAAGAUCUGUUAAGUUCAAAAAUUGUUUAAAGCCAGUGAAAACACAUGUUAAAAAGGGCUAAAAUACUAACAGGUAUUUAAUUCAUUUCAUUGUUUCUUUCAUUCUUUAUUGUGUAAAGUUAAGCCCUGAUAGUAUUUUCAGUGAUCUGCAGAGUAGCCUUUAUCUGCUAGCCAGAGGUCGAUUGCUUCUGUCUCAACCCACAUACCUAGCGGACAUCGCGGUACUUUCUUCACUUGAGUAAAUUUUCAAUGAGGAAACCACAUCAUGUAUUUGUCGCGAUUAUUUCUCCCCGUUUUUCAGGGGCGUAACACAUGAUGCUCAGCUGGCAGAAGUUUUCACCAUAUGUUAAUGUGAAGAGUGAACAGUAAAUGGUUAAUCUUACUGCGAUCUGGUUUUCAUUGGCUGUGGUUUAUCUCGACGUUAAAUUCGGCGUUCGUUACACGCGAAGGAGAACGUUACAGUGAAAAAGCGGCAUUAUCAGGUGUUUCAAGUGCUGCAAUGUCAGCUCAAUCCAGCAUCAAGUCGACGCCGCCCAGCGACAGGGGCAGUAAACCGACAUCAAGUAAGUCCACCCGGGUGUUAUCAGGUGUUCCAAGUGCUGCAAUGUCAGCUCGAUCCGGGAUCAAGUCGAUGGCGCCCAGCGAUAAGGGCAGUAAACCGACAUCAAGUAAGUCCACCCAGGCAAGAGCCAAGGCAGAAGCCGCCAAGGUGCGACUGCGUUACGCCAGACAAAAAGCAGUUUUGAAAAUGAAACUGGCCACCAGAGAAGCCGAAAUCCAGAAAGAAAGGGCUGCCAGACAAAGAGAAGAGGCUGCCAGAGAAGCCGAAAUCCAGAAAGAAAGGGCAGCCAGACAAAGAGAAGAGGCUGCCAGAGAAGCCGAAAUCCAGAAAGAAAGGGCAGCCAGACAAAGAGAAGAGGCUGCCAGAGAAGCCGAAAUCCAGAAAGAAAGGGCCGCCAGACAAAGAGAAGAGGCUGCCAGAGAAGCCGAAAUCCAGGAAGAAAGGGCCGCCAGAGAAGCCGAAAAGGCUGCCAGACAAAGAGAAGAGGCCGCCAGAGAAGCCGAAACCCAGUUGGAAAUGGCAAAAAUAUCUACAGAGUUGCAAGUGCUGCAGCGAGAAAGAGAAGACGAAGCUGCCAUGGCGGAAGCAAAGUACAUAGAAGAAGCUGAAGGGUCGCGUGAUCUGACCGCAGUAAGAUCUACUUUAGAAAGGACCAGACUGGAACGCACAAGCGACUAUGUACAAUAUCAAAUAGACAGGCAGGCUCGUCUCCCCUCUCCAUACGUAUUCGAUAACUUCCCCAGCUACGAGGAACCUCAGAGAGUCACGAUUGCAUCACAUCCAUACAAGGAAGGAAAUUUACCCUCACGGCUCCGUGAUGAAGUCAAGAAUGAAAGAACUGACAAUGCUCCUUCACCCCCACAACAGGACGGCGGGGAGGGAGAGGUUCACUCCAGGACAACAAUUGUCAGCUCGAACUGUACAGACGUUUGCGGUCAAACUCAGUCAAGCCGUUCUUGUUCCGAGAUCUGCCUCACUGAGGUGUACCCUAAAGAAGCACAACAAGACAUUACCAAGCGUAAAGUAACCGACGAGACGCUAGGUCAGUCAGUUUUCGUUCAAACCGAGCACGGAAACAAACUUGCACAAUCAGCUCAAGAUACCAUUUCUUUAAAAACCAAAGACACCAAGGUCUUCAGAGAUGAAGCAAAUAAUGGGGUUGCCCCAUUGCCUUUCAGAGAACCACGCCAGCGUUCACCAGAUAACAAAGAGCAGGCAGUCAAACGGUUCACGUCCUUACGGAAAACCCGGAAAAGGAAACCUGAGAUGCAGCAACACACCCGAUUGGCCCACGAGGUACUGUGCACCCUAAUGGCAGAGGUCACAGCCAUUAUAAACGCACAAUCAUUCCUACCUGUGUCUUCUGACCCAGAAAACCCCUUUAUACUUUCGCCAUCAACGCUCCAUACGCAGAAGGCAGGAGCACCUCCUCCACCAGGAGACUUCUCAGACAAGGAUUUGUACACAAAGCAAUGGAGACAAGUCCAGGCUCUGGCAAAUCAGUUCUGGCCUCGCUGGAGACAAAAAUAUCUACCUUUGUUGCAACAGAGACAAAAGUGGACAGAACCCCACAGGAAUCUUCAAGUUGGAGACAGUCCUGCUCAGGGACAAGCAGAUCACCCGCAACAGCAGGCCAAUGGCCAGAAUCACUGCUACAUUCCCUAGCGAGGAUGGACAUGUCAGGAAGAUCGAAUUGAAGACAACCGACCAAGGCGAUGUGAAAAUUUACCAAAGGCCAGUUACAGAAGUUAUUCUACUUCUACCCAAUGACUGAUUAAGAGACUAAGUUUGUACUCUGCUCAUUGUGACCUUACGAAGGUCAAGAGGGGAGUGUGCUGUCUUUACGACAGUUAUUUAGUUUAUAAUAUUUUCGCUUAGUAAUUCAUUCAAUAGUAUUUUCUAGUUAGAAUUAGAAGUGUUUAAAGUAUAUUCAUUGCAUGUAAAAUAUAUCGGCAUGCGAUGACGUCACAUCCGGUUUCGCCGCGUCUUGUGGGAAAACACCGGUUUGAAAUUAGCGCAAGGGUGGGGGCUCACCACGAGGCUCACCUGAGCAGAAGUUGUUUGCAGGCAUGAGAAAUCACAGUGAGAGCAACGCUGUAAGUUAAUAGAUAAUCGAUAUAUUGAACUAAGAUGUUAAUGCCGAUCCUGUUAGAAGUAACGACGGUAGAUAAUGUUUAUGCUUUCGUUAGUUAAAGAAUCGCGGAUAGUUUGCAUGGAAGUGUAUUUAAAGGUAGUCAAUGGAGCGGGUAAACUCUCCCUGUAUACUGCACCUUAGUGUAAUGUAGUUAUAGUCACCUUUGCAAAUAUUUACACUUGAAAUGUGAUAUUAAGGAAGGAACAAAUACUGUAUCAAUCUUGUAUUGUUUUAUCAACAGUUUUCACCAUAUGUUAAUGUGAAGAGUGAACAGUAAAUGGUUAAUCUUACUGCGAUCUGGUUUUCAUUGGCUGUGGUUUAUCUCGACGUUAAAUUCGGCGUUCGUUACACGCGAAGGAGAACGUUACAAUCUCUAUUAGUGCGUAUAGUUUGAGAAUUUUGGUUAUUAUAUGCAUAAUUUCCAGUGGGUCUUGGAAAGCCUUGUGGCCUUUGAAAUUGCACAUGUUGAGCUUAAUGUAUUUUAGUGCUUGCUAAAUUAUAGUAACUUUUUGACCCAGUUGUCUAAUUUAUGUCAAGAUUCAUCAAAUGUAUGUUCUGCUGUCAUCAACUUAAGUAGCUGUACUGUAUAUCACCAUUGAGAAAUGCAGAUCAUUGCAUAUAGACCAGAGAAUUUUAUUUAUUUGUUUAUUUAUUUUUAUUUAUGGCUACAGUGCUGAGGUGGUCCAUCUGGCCCAAUACCACUCAGAGGAUCAUUUAUUUAACCUUAGACCAGGGGUCAGCAACCUUUACCACUGAAAGAGCCACUUGGACCCGUUUCCCACAGAAAAGAAAACACUGGGAGCCACAAAACCCGUUUGACAUUUAAAAUGAA